AUGGAGGUCGUCGAAGAUGUGCUAGAUGGAAAUGCGGUUUUACAGGACGUAGACCCUGAGAACAGAGAUAUAAUUAGAGAAAUAUUCAUGGCCGAUGAUUCAGAUGAGGAAUUUUUAGGAUUUAAUCCAGAAGAUCUCGACAAUGACGAAGGUACGGCUGAUUUCGAGGAGGACUUCAUUCAAGGAAACUUGGGCGGAGACUAUGGCGUUCACAACUUACAGUUUUGUGGCGAGAAAAAAAUAAACGUAGAGCUCGAUGAACACGCAGAAAUGGUGGAUUUCUUUAAACUGUAUGUUACAGAUGAAUUUGUUGAUGAAAUUCUCGUGGUAGAAACUAACACAUAUGCUCAAGAUUACCUUAAUUCUGCGCAAGGCCGAAAUCUCAAACCUCAGUCUAGAUUUCACAAAUGGACGGACGUUACGAAGGACGACAUGACGAGGUUCAUAGCGAUGGUAAUUGCUAUGGGACUAGUCCAGCACCAUGACAUACAGGACUACUGGAGCAAGGAUGAGAUGCUGGAGACCCCUUUCUUUGGUAAAACAAUGCCAAAAAACAAAUUUCUAUUGAUAUUGUCACUGUUUCAUUUAAACAACAAUGACAAUCAGAUACCAUGA